AUGACAGUAGUUCAGAAGUUUUUCAUUGCAUCACUGUUCAUGUGGUCAGUCCCUAUUGCAAUAUUAUAUGCUUUCAACCAUAAUCUACUUCCCGGCAUAUCCAAUUUGUCCCCUUACUCUAUGACACUAGUGAGCGGAUUUCUCGCCGUCAUAUCUGUUAACAUAGUCAUUGCAUUUUACAUAUAUUUGGCAAUGAGAGAACCUGCAGAUAAACAUGAGCCUGAUCCUAAAUUUCUCGCCGAGGCCAAAGCUAGUAUCAACCAGUCUACAGGAGAUGCUCAACAAUCUUCCCAACCUCUCAAGAAACAACAGUAG